AAUGUUUAUACGUUUAACAGUGGACAAUUCGAUUUUCUAAUUAAUCAUUUGGAAAUAAAUAGUAGGUCUUGUUUUUCUGUUGUCUCUUGUAGAAACAAGGACAAACACCUUUUUUUUGUAAGUCACACGAAAAAAGACUUUAUUUUAUUCUGUUUAGUUGCACAAAAACUUUGUCAUAUAGCUGUUCAAUUAUCAUAUGGUUCAGUUUUUAAUAAUCAAAUUGAUAGUUUACGUCUUUCCAUUCAAUCUGCUAAAGCCACUGUUGAAUCUUUGCUCAAUCUCUAUAUCCAAGCUGUGAAUGCUGAUAUUGAAGCUCAUGAUUUAUUGAAUCAACUCACCAAUCUACCAUUACUCAUGCCACAUGAAAUUGCUCGAACGAUAGUCGAAAUUUGCCAAAGUACACCAUAUCUCAAAACAUUUUAUAAAUCCAAAUCCGGUCUUACUUUGUCAUUUCCUCAAUUCAACGCAAAGAAGAAACGUUACCGUUUGAUAACAUUAAUGGGGUCUUCGUUAGUCAAAGCAGCUAUUGAUAGAACAAUAUCAUUCUUCUCAAAUCCGGCUUUGUAUUUAUCAGCGGUUGAAAAUUUU